AUGAAAGUAUUUGUAACCGGAGCUUCAGGUUUCAUUGGUUCUACCGUAUUAUCUGAAUUGGUCUCUUCAGGUCACGAAGUUGUUGGCUUGGCAAGAUCAGAUGAGGCCGCUGCAAGGAUUAACUCAAUUGAUUCUGCUGCAAAAGUCCUUCGCGGUGACCUCAAGGAUCUAGAUAUUUUGAAAAAGGGUGCGAUAGAAUCUGAUGCUGUUAUUCAUUUAGGUUUUGUGCAUGAUUUUAAAAAUUUUGAACAGUGCUGCGAAAUUGACCGUCAGGCCACUGUGGCUAUGCUAGAGUCACUUAAAGGUACCAACAAGCCGUUCUUAUACACUAAUGGUACACUUGCUUUGCGCCCCAGCAAAGUUGCUUACGAACAGGAUGAUAUUGAUGAAGAUUCCAAAAGUUUGCGUGGUAUCACUGAACAGGUUGCGUCGAGUUACAAAAAUAAAGGUGUUUCGGUAAGGAUUGUCAGGUUACCCCCGUCAGUUCAUGGGAAGGGAGACAGGGGUUUCGUUCCAAUAUUGAUGAACGUUGCUCAAGCUACUGGGAAAUCUGGCUACGUUGGACAAGGCCGGAACGUCUGGCCGGCGGUACAUCGUUUGGACGCAGCUCAUUUGUACAGACUCGUUUUGGAGGAAGGAAAAACUGGGCAAGCGUAUCAUUGCAUUUCUGAACAAGGUAUACCAGUCAAAGAUAUCGCUCAAGUGAUUGGAGAAACUUUGGAUCUUCCCGUGGUCUCUAUUCCUGCCGACGACGCAGGAAUCCAUUUCGGCUUCCUGUCUCGUUUUGUCACAAAAGAUGGUCCAGUUUCAAGCGAAGCUACUAAAAAAGAGCUAAGAUGGCAGCCACAACAAAUUGGGCUCCUAGAAGAUAUCCGUACAAACUAUCAGUUAAACUGA